GCCACGCCAGGCCAGGCCAUGCUGCGAGCAGUGGUGUGGCAGGGCCAGGGCCAGGGCCGGGACCCACAGGGUCUGCACAGUGCUACCAUUCACAAUUAACUUCUUCCAGUUAAUGAGCUCCUGGUGCACAAUGAUCUUUAGGAACAGGGAAUGGGGAAGAUAACACAUUUGGAAGAAGACAGCAUAAAAGACUAAAAUAAUCACCCUGCUUUUUACUUUAGAAAAGCUGUCUCUGAUCCAGCCUGAGUGCAUGCAAAGGAGCAGCAAGAUGCUUCACACCAGAGACCCUUCAUCCCUGACUAGCAACACGUCCUACGAAACACCGGCACUAUCAGAUCUGCAGCAGCUCCUGUGGCUCAGAGGAGGCUCUGAUAAUCACGUGGACCAAGUCUGGCCAAAUAUCUACCUGGGAGAUGCGUGGGCUGCUAGGAGCAAAGCUACACUUCAAAGCCUCAACAUUACUCAUAUCCUUAAUGCAGCAGAUGGACCAUAUAGCAUCAACACAGGAGCCAACUAUUAUGCAGAUCUGCAAAUAGAGUACUAUGGAAUAGAAGCAUUUGAUGAUCCUUCCUUCGAUUUAAGUGUCUUCUUCUAUGAUGCUGCCAAUUUCAUAGGGAAGGCCUUAAACUCUUCAGGAGGUAAGGUAUUCGUUCACUGUGCCAUGGGAGUGAGCCGCUCAGCAACUUUAGUGCUUGCCUUUUUAAUGAUCCAUGAAAACAUGACACUUGUGGAUGCUCUGAAGACAGUGAGUGCUCACAGAAACAUCUGCCCAAAUUCGGGGUUCCUCAGCCAGCUCCGGGACUUGGACAUUAAACUGAACGAAGAGAGGAAAAGAAGUGGAGCAUCUGCUAUCAGAGGCCUGUAAGAGAGUAUUGCUGAAAGAAAGAGGACAAAAUCUUGUUUGAUUUGCCUGUAUCUCGUAUAGAUGAACUGCAUUUAUACAUUCAGGACACAAGUUUAUGGGACACCAGGACGCAUGUUAUUAAUAAAAGUAGAUUUUGCUUGA